CUGGGCGACUACCAACAGUACCAGAAGUGGCUACGGGGAGGCCGGAGCGCUGGGGGAGUACGGAAAAACGCGGAAAUAUCCCAAGUAAAAACGUUCCCACCCCAGAGUUGUCAUGCAGAUUUGCAAAGGCAGGAAGACUUGUAAUGCGCAUCCCCAUGAGAGCCAUUUCCAAUCGUGUCUCGGAAUUUGUGAUGCUGUGAACAGGAUGAGCAGAUGAAUCUGUGACGCGGCUGCACUUGCUAACCUGCACUACGCUGCAGAGUGCAACUUGUCAUGCGUGACUCACAAAACUCCUAGGUUUGUGUUGCAAAAUCCCCAUCCUGGCUCUGGUGUGGGUGCGUUUUUACUGAGGAUAGGAAAGAUACCGGUUUCGGUCCGAAGUGGACACUAUGCGUUGCAAAUAUGUCUGGGUCUGGAAGAUUGCAACUUGUCAUGCUGCAUCUGAAUCAUGCAAAAAUCUGUGUUGCAUGAGUGCCAAAACCUGUCCGCUUUCGACCAAGCUGGGAGGGAGUUUCUCAUGCAGGACAGCCAUGAUAGAGACCUCACAAAGUCUGUCAUGCUAGGCCCCGCAUUCCAGACGUCAUGGGUCACGGAAAACCUGCAUGACAAGUUUGCACUCUUCCAGACCCAGACAUAUUUGCAGUGGAUAGACACCGAUGCGUUCUACGGGAUGUACGACAGAGGGUACAAGAUUAUCGUCGAUGAAUCUGAUCUAUGCAUUGCAAAUAUGUCUGGGUCUGGAACUUGUGAUGCGCAUUUCAUAACACACACAAAUCCCUCAUGCAUAGGCAGCAAAAGGCACCCUCUUCCUGUCACCAAAAUGGAGGAUUUGACAUGUGGAUUAGGCAUUGCGGAGCCUACUUCUCGAAUCCUGUGAUGCUAGGGCUUCCAUGCCAGACCUUCUCCGUCAUGCGAAAAUAGCAUGACAACUUCUUCCAGACCCAGACACAUUUGCAUUUGAUAUGAUCCGACGCCAGACGAGUCCGAAAGAAGCAAGCGAGCAUCUGCCGGGACUGAAGGUAAAAGCAAAAAGAAAGCGGGGGCUUCUUUUGCGGAAGUCGAUGCAGGUCCAGACCAGCAGU